AUAGGCUCUGAUGAGCUAAUUUUCCUGAGAAAGAGUGAUACAAGCCCGCACGGAAAGGGAUUUUUAACAGGUGUGGCAACAGGUUUUGUGGCCCACAUAAGCUGAAUGAUGUCUCCUAAAAAGAAUCUGAGAGUGGCAUUGGUUUAUUUGACUCUCUCUGUGGUGGGAUGUUUUACCGUACUGCCAGUAGGAGACACAAAUGGAAAACAUGAUCUGCGCAGACAGGACAAAGUACAACUUUGGGAAGAUAUAAGACGUGUAAAUCCACCAAGUCAAAAUCCAAUAACAGGCACUAUUCAAAGAAAUUUUGCUCCAUUUAAGAGUGACUAUCAAUCAAGCAGGAUCAACCCUGUCCCAUACAACCAACGAAAUGAUGGCAAUACCAAAAAAACAAGCUUCAGCUCUGUUGUGCCAAGCCGUUUCGCAGAUGUUAAAUAUUAUCAUACAAGCCAAGCCAAUGUCAAUAGUAAAAAUAAUCCUCUUGAAUUAACAAGUGUCAAUUCUGAUGCCAAGAACAGAUAUGCUUUCCAAAGACUUCAACAGAAACCAAGUGCCCUUCAUUUUACAGGGAGCCAAAAAAGUGAUACUAAUACAGCCUUAAGGCUAGCAAUGGAAGAAGGUCUUGGGACUGGAAUGCAUCAUCCAAAUGUACAUACUUACGGGCUUUUUUCAAAGCCUAAUUCAGAAAUGCACCCUGUCCAGCAAAUCAUCAGACCAGUGUACGCUGAGAAGAUUUCAACAGAUUAUGUGUCUAGAAAUUUAAAUGUUAACCACAAUAAUGACCAAAGCAUCCUAUAUGACUAUAGAAACAAUGCUCAAGUUAAUGGCCAGAAUGAGAGAACGUCAAGGAAAAUCAUGCCAGUGAGCAAGUUUCUCAACAUUGUAAGGGGAAAUAAUAAAGUGGAUGCACCAUUAUCACAUGACUCUUCUACUGGGACAAAACCCACAAAAGUUUCUGAUGAUAAUAUGAAACGUGAAAGUUUCACCAAGGUGUUCGCACCUCAGCCCUCGGCUCCAAUGGUAGCUACAGCGUUUACAAAAUCACAUUCAGAUAGAAACCACAGCAUCAUUCCACUGAUAAAAGCUCAAUUUUUUUCUGUUCAGGUUGGACAGCAAGAUUAUAAAAGGACUGCGUCUCCAAUCGCAAUACAGCAAAGUAGCUUUGAGUCAAAAAAUACAAAAAUAAAUGGGACCAUUAAUGCUUCUAAGGGCUUUCAACGUGAUUCACUGACGGCUACACAAAAUGGUUACUGGAAUGGGGGAAGUAGACCGAAUCCUAUUGUGCAAAAUUUUCACAGUCAAUGGAAGUACGAUAGUUUGGCUGCGGAUGUGUCUGCUAUCACACCACCAGUGACUAACAUCGCCCACUCUUACAAAGGAUUCCAAUCGGUUAAAACAAGUGCCGUCCAAAGCCAGACGUCUGUUGCAUCCAGCUGGCCUAAACAAAACAUUGCCUACAAUGAAAAAGCGAAAUAUAGUUCUCCAAAAAUCUUUUCCACUGAAUUAAAAACUAAUAUAAAACUACCAAUCACAAGUUCUUCACUAGGGAUGACGAGUCGGCAUAAUACAGGCAGAGGAAACUCUUGGACUGACUUAGGCCGAAGUACAGAACAGUCAUUAUUUGUUAAAAAUUAUCCAGAUCCCAUGCCAGAUAACACAGUGUCUGCGUUUGACUCAUAUAAAAAUUCCGAUACGUCUAGUAGCCAAAACCGACCAUAUUAUCUAACCUCUAAAAAGCCAUAUGCUUUUAAAGGUUUUACAUCUUUCCCUACAAUGCCAGCACCUACACAACAAACAGAAAUGCACUUUGACCAAAAACAUCAGCCAAGCUCCUUAUCUUAUGCUGUCCGAUAUGCCUCUGCUCGUCCCCAUACUGCCCCAAGUGUGCCAAAAGAAGCGAAGCAUCUUGUUCAAUCUCAAAAUCCUUCGAUGUCCAACCGCUACAAAACAACUCAGUCGGCUAAAGUUCAGCUAGAUGCUGUAAAUAAUCGAGCUUAUGGUCAUGUCUCUUUUACUGGAGCUGCUGGUAACAAACGCUAUGAUACUCCUAAAAUGAUGACAUCAUCUCUGGGUGGCACAAAAACAUCAACGGACCUCGUUCCACAUAACAGUGCUAUUUACCCGCAGAACAAUCAAAGAGGACGAUACAAAUCUGUCACAGAAUCCAAGUUUGAUGGAAGUCCAUUAGAAAUGUCUCAGAGGUGGACUUUAGGAGGACUUGCUCCAUCCCAGAACACUCAAUCUCUGGAUGAAAGUCGAAAAGUUUUACAGAAAUCUAGUCAAAGCGAAUCAACAUUAGAAAAAUCAACAAAUGGCAGGUUUGCUAGACCCAACUCAUACAGAAGUUUAUUCAUAAAAUCUAGCAAUGUAAACUCUGUUAGCACUAAUGCAGGCAAUGCGCUCAACGCUCGUGACUCUACGGUGGCCACAGGCAUCACAAAUCCUCUACAAGAAUUCCCCACUGUCUAUCGUAAAAUGGGUUUAUCACAAAGUAAGAAUGAUCCUAUAUCAGAAUUUGUUCCUUCAAUCCAUAGAUCUGUUUCUUCUAAUAAAGUAACUGGAUAUCCUCUUACACCCAAUAGUGAUGUACAGAAGAACUUCGAGGCAAACAAUGGUUUAUUCAAUCUAGCCAAGGAAAUGAAGCAGGACAGAACCAUGGGUGGAUUAACACAAUUAAAAACUAAUAAAAGCUACAAUGCCAUGAGAUUAGGACCAACAAGCAGCAUUGUGAUUGGUAGGCGCGUUGAAGCCAGUCAAGAUGGAAAGAACUCAGACAACCAGAAUAUCUACGGUUUUCCAACUUCUCAAUCAGCAAUAUAUCGAUCUGCUAGCAUUCGUAGUCAUAAAGCCAAUAACAGCGCAGAACCUGUUUACCCAUCAACUAUACACAGAUCUGUGAUCAAACCCAUUGGUAAAGAUGACUUUUUGAAUAAUGAAACCGCUUCGAUUUCUGUGAACAGAAGUGCCUCAGAAAUGGAUAUUGACCUUAGCGCUGUUGGGGUGUCCCAGACAUCAAGACCCACAAGCAGCUUUGUAGUCGGAAAAUCCAGUGUAUCUAAGACAAAAGGCCUACACAAUUAUAAACCAGUUCGGUUUGCUGAUGUAGCAGGUACCGCCUCCUUCAGUGGUAUGAAACCAAGUUCUGUUGACCCCAUAAAAGUGGCUCUCAAAAACAUUUCCAGUUUAACACCAGGACUAGAGGAAAGCCUUACAGACCUUUCUUUAGCCAAAGAGACAGAUAAUUUCACUGCGUUUUCAGACAUGGGAAACAUAUUUGGAAGUGCUUAUCGAAGUACAGCAAGCGUAAGUGUUCCUGGACUCGUGCCAACAGCUGUCACCACAGAACCUCAAAGCUCAUUUACUGCACCUCAAACAACUGCGUAUUCUUUUGAGCCGGAGCCAAAUCCUGGGAAUGAAACCACGCCCACAGCAGACGGCAUUAUUCCAUUCGAUGAGGAUAUCUUGAUACCCAACACCACCAUGUUGGUAACAAUGACCUCCGUUUGAGUUUUCUAUGUACCCCGUGACCUCAGACUGAGUUGUCCAUGUAUUUUAAUCUGCUUUCAGUGACUGACUGCAUAGUUGAGCGCAAUGUGAAACGCAUCUGUCAUCUGCUAGAUGGCGUAAGAGCUGUCGAGACCCUGAAUUCAUGUUCACUUUAAAUAAACUUGCUAGAUUUAA